CAGAGAUGGAGGAUGGUAACGUCAGGGUGUGGGAAGUCCAAUUGUCGCCAGUCAUUGGUGCUGAGCCGAGUGUUGACGAGGAUGACGGAGCGUGUCGGGGCUGUCUUAGAGAGAUGGUUAGUAGGGUAGAUUACGCGCCAGCCACUUGUGGCUUUAGUGUUAUUAAAGGGGUCGAUGUAUGGUUCUUGGAUGAGGAGGAUGUCCCAGUCACGGUGGAGGUGUUCGCGGUUGAGGAGAUCGAAUGUUGCGUGGACUGACUUGUUGAGGUUCUCCUGCCAGAUUCGUAACUGUCC